UGGCCCGUCUCCUUCCAAGUAACACCUUUGCUCCGUGCAAAUAAGUUUUGCCUGCAUAUUGAUUCUUAACGACAAGGAAAUCACUGACAUUUCAUUUGGGGCGUUUUCGAUCGAAUCCUACAGUCCAUGCAUCCAGAGGGUCAUGUGAUUCGCCGGGUCGGCCACAAAUAGUGUAGGAGGGAAAGGCGUCAACUACCAGCAUCCAGCGGGCAAACAGGCCCAUCGGCAUCACGCGCGCGGACGUGAAAGUGAGCAAUCGCGCGGACCUGGGAGGAAACAGCACAGAAACGCCAAAACGAGCGGACGUCAGAGGAGACAGGUUAAGUUGGAAGGAAGCGCCUCUUUGAAACAUGAAUUGCUACAAGCCUCAAUAACACAUAAGGACUACUUUGUACAAGUUUAAGACUGAGGAUCCGCUCGUGAUCACUUGUCCAAAGUUCUGGAUACAUCCUUAGUUCUAGGAAAGAAAGUGGUGUUCAUUUGCUGAAAUUCUUCGACAGUCAAAACAGAUUGAGAAUAUUUUUUUCAAAAAGAAGACUAACUCUACUAUUACACGAUGACUCCCAUGAACUGUUCAAGAAUCGGUGCUUUCUUUGUUUGUGUGGCUCUAAUAACAACACGAGGUUUUGCAGCAUACAUUCCACAAGUCGAAGUUUCACAGCAGUCAUCACACGUGCUGAAAAGAGCGGGUUUAAGGCUGAUGUGCCAGGCACACCCACGGAACUGUCCAGGCGGAUUUCGUAAAAGAAAUUAUGUACAGAAUAUAGAGACACCUAGCAGUUAUGACAGCCCCGAGUCAAUAGUGAAGCAGUUGCAAGACAUCAUCAACUGGAGACAUAGGCUGAUGCGCCAGAAGAUAAUGGCCGGGUCCAAGAGUGACAGGAUAUUCGAUAUGAUCAGGGCGCGGUCGCUCUCCCGGAGGAAGUAAGAGGUUAGACUGACCCCUGACCCCUGACCCCUGACUUCCAGGAUCUGCCCGGCAGGCUGUGACCAUGUCACGUGACAACCAUCCCUCCAGACGUGUCUGAGCACUUUCAGACUAUCUUCUCAAGACUCCACAGACUACAUAUUUUCGAAUCUUCAACAUAUCUGUUCUUCACUGGGGUGGCAGACAAGAGUGACAGCCUAAUAUCAGCCAAGAGAUAUAUUCAUCCGAUAACUAAACAUGACGGACGGCAUGCUGGUUACUUCGCGGAAGAUGCUGGACUGUCUAUACGCCUGCAGGAAGAAGAUACUUCGGACUCGAUAAGUCAUUGUACAGCUGUAAUGUUUAAGAUUUUGUGCAAUUCUGAAAAAGAAGCAAAUACAUAACUUUGUCGAAGAGUAUGAGGCAGCGUGACGGAUAUUGAACUGUCACUGGAAGCCUACUGUCUACCAGAAUAUACCGUAAUGACCUCCAAACUACCCUUGCACGUUACGUUUAAUUCAAUACUCAACUCUAACACCACUGCAUUGGAUGUAUGGAUUAAAUUCUGUGAUGAUCAUUUCAGACGCUGUUUACAAUGUCAAAGUAUAUUUUUGUGAUAUGUACAAAGAAUUAUUAAGCUUAAAUAGGUUGUGUCCAUUCACAUAUUUUAGCUUCACCUAAUAAGAAAAUAUUCCAUGAAUAACACUUAGAUUUAAAAAUGGGAUACUUUAUCUUCCUUUUACAAAAAAUACGAUAAUGUUAAUAGUCGCUAUGUCGUACUCGUUUAAUAUAUAUCGAAAUGUACAAUCAAAAUCCAGUUUUUUAAUAACGAAAAAUCUUUGAUAUUUGAAAAAUUUUGUGAUGUCCGACUAAGCAAUAUACAAACUAAGAACUGGAUGUACAAGAUGGUACUGAAUGAUAAUUAGAUGAAAUGGACACAACCUGUUUACCGGAAGAUACAAGAAGAUUUACUCAUUAAAAGUAAAAUUCAAAUAUACAAAAUCAUGUUAGAAUCAAUUUUUUAAAGAAAUUAUUGAAUAAUUCAAACACAGUUGCAAUAAAGUUUAAGUUAAGCAAUCCCA